AUGUUUUUCGAAGUCAUGUUUCAUUUCUAUGUUAGUUGUAUCGUGCGCUACGACCCGGCUCUCGAGCAUCUUGCACCUCCAAUCCUCAAAUCUGCAUCUCACACACACCCAUCGCAAUUGGCCUUUUCUUCCCAACUCGGCCUAUCUCUGCAGACUGCGCUUGACUUGAAAUCAGGCACCCCCCACUCGGACCAGCUUAAAGGCAUUGGUUCCAGCACAUCAAUUCGCGGAGAGAUGAUGUCAUCUGCAGUGGCGAAUUCGCUACUGAACAUGGCCUUCAUGCCAAGAAUCUCCCAGAUUGCUGUGGCCAGGCUCCAAAUGUCUGCUGAAUAUGACAGCGGGGCCGGCAGCUCAAAUCAGGCUUCUGAGGGCUGCAUAGCUAAUGAUGUGUGGCAGUCUUUCCCAUGA